AUGGAAAUCAGUUCCCUGACACAAAGACGAGAGAUGGAUUGCUUUUCCCCCGCCUUUCUCUUGUUCGUCGCACUGUUUUUCCUGGCGCCAGGUCCCUCUUCCUCCGCGCUCGACUCAACCCAAAGGCCCGUCAUGGCUAAUCUCUCCCUAGCUUUCAGGCCAUCGUCCUGGAGCGCUUCUUCUACCUCGGAUCCCUGCGACUGGAAAGGAGUCACCUGCUCAGUCGAAUCUCAACGGAAGGUGACCCACCUUUCCCUCUCUGGAUUAGGUCAAUCGGACUCGAAGUCCCUCCGGCUCAUCUGCGAACUCCACUCCCUGGAGUCCCUCAACCUCGCCGGAAACUCCUUCACCAACAUCACCGACGAUUUCAUCCGUGAUUGCGGCAAACUACCGGGGCUGAAGGUGCUCAAUUUCAGCCGUAAUAUCAUCUCUGGUUCCUUGCCGAAUUUCCGCGAAUUCAGGGCCUUGGAAAUCCUCGACUUCUCUUACAAUCUCUUAAAAGGCUCAGUGAGCUCGAAAGGACUUGGGAAAUUGAGGAGCCUAAACUUGAGCUUCAACGGCCUCAGCGACUUCGGCUCCAACGAGUCGGUCGGUUCCUUGAGCCUGAAAGAACUCUCUCUCUCUAACAACAAACUCGGCGGCAACAUCCUCUCACGGAUUCUCAUCCACAAAAACUUAUCUUUUCUGGACCUCAGCUCCAAUAAUCUCACUGGGCCUGUUCCCCGUUCGAUUGCCGAUCUCUCGAAGCUGGAGGCCCUUCUUCUCUCUUACAACAGCCUGACUGGGGAAGUUCCUCAGGCCUUGUCCACGCUCAAGAACUUGCGAAGGUUCGUCGCCGCCUUCAACCAGUUGAACGGCAACCUUUCACAGGGGAUUACCCAGUGGCUGCAGACGCUGGACCUCAGCUUCAAUAGGAUCAACACCAUCCCCGGGGACCUACUCUCUCCCCAGAACUUGGAAUCCGUUGACCUCAGCUCCAACUCUCUCCAAGGGUCCAUCCCAGGCAACAUAUCCGGCAGACUUUUCCGGCUGUGGUUGGGCGAGAACCGUCUGGCCGGGGAAAUCCCUCCGGCCGUUGGGAACCUCUCCAGGUUGGCGUAUCUUGAUCUGGGUGACAAUAAACUGGAGGGUAAUAUCCCAUCUCAGCUGGGUAAUCUUCAUAAUUUGACACAGCUGAAACUUUCUGGGAAUAAGUUGGAGGGAUCCAUCCCCAGGGAGCUGGGCAAUCUGAGGAACCUGGUCGUCUUGGAGCUCCAGCGUAACCAGAUUCAGGGGGAAAUCCCAGACGAGAUUUUCCACUUGAAGAAUCUGCUGAUCCUCAACCUCUCCUGGAACUCCCUAUCGGGCGCCAUACCUUCUUCGAUCAUUGCUUUGAGCAACCUUUCGAUCCUGAACUUGGAAGGAAACCAGCUCAAUGGCUCGAUUCCAGGGGACAUCGGCACAGUGCAGACUCUUAAGGAGCUCCGUCUGGGGAGCAACCGUCUCUCCGGAGAUAUUCCAAAGAUGCCCAUCGGAUUAUCUAUCUCCCUGAAUCUCAGCAGAAAUAUCUUCCGCGGGCUCAUACCUGAAGCACUCGGAGAUCUUUCUCAGCUUGAGGUUCUCGAUCUUUCUCACAAUGAGUUCUCCGGCGAGGUCCCCAGUUCUCUGGUCCAAAUGCGGAGCCUGACUCUCUUGGUGCUCUCUUACAACCAGCUUUCCGGGCGUCUUCCACAGUUCAGCCGAUUUGUAAGCGUUGACAUCUCUGGAAACCAGGGUCUCCUCAAUGGCACGAUUUCUAUCAAGGGGAAGUCAAAAGCUCUUAACAUCAUCAUCAUCAUCUUCUCCGCCGUAGUAGCCUUCUUGGUCUGCUGUUUUGUCUCUGCAACCGCCCUCUUCGUUGGUCUGAGGCGCUUCCGCCGGGUAGAAAACAGAGAUCUACCGCCGGCCGGAGUCCUCACGGAAGUCAUCGAUAGCUGUCUGCUAGGAGAAGGCGGAGAGCGACGAUCCCACAUCGAUUUCGCCAAGGCGAUGGAGGAAGUGGCCAACCCACGCAACCUCCUGAGGAAGAACAGAUUCUCCACCGAAUUCAAGGUCUCCAUGCCAGGCGGCGCGUGCUACUGCGUGAAGAAACUCGACCGAAACGGCAAGAUUUUCCAGAUAGACGACCUCGGGAGGUUCAGCCAGGAGAUGGCGGCGCUCGGGAAGCUCCGGAAUUCCUGCGUCACGGUGCCUUUGGCCUACGCCGUGACUGUGGACAGCGCCUUCCUCUUCUACGAGGAGUCUCACAAGGGAGCCCUCUUUGACUUUCUUCACGGGGUGGCGCGCGGCAGCUUAGGCUGGCCAUCUCGCUACAUCAUCGCUCUGGGUGUAGCUCGAGGGAUGACCUUCCUCCACGGCUGCAGCCAGUCCGUCCUCCUCCUCGACCUUUCGACCAAGACCAUUCUUUUGAAGACCUCCGGAGAGCCCCAGAUAGCGGAGAUCGAGCUCCACCAGGUCAUCGGCGCUUCGAAGAGCAUGGGAAGCGUAUCCACUCUCGCCGGCUCCGUCGGCUACGUACCUCCAGGUGAAUCAUCGUCUCUCCCCUCCGUUUUCUGCCACGAAGAGAUUGCAUAAUGCGCUUCCUCCUGCUUCGCGGUUGCAGAAUACGCUUACACGAUGAGGGUGACGGCGGCGGGGAACGUCUACAGCUUCGGGGUGGUACUGCUGGAGCUGCUGACAGGGAGGCCGCCGGUGGCGAAACGGUUUGAGCUGGUCAAAUGGGCGAUGGGCCGCUCUUCGUGGCCUUCCGAGUGGGAGAGGAUCCUCGACCAGAGUGUCUCCGGCGAGUCGUCAGCCGUCCGCAGCCAGAUGCUCUCGGUCCUGAAGAUCGCCUUGAGCUGCGUCAACUACGCCGCCAAGGAGAGACCCUCGGCGAGGCACCUGCUGCGGAUGCUGUUCAACGCAAGAUGA